AUGGCAGCCACGCUUGCUCCCCCUCCCCCUCCCCCAGCCACCCCAAGCCUGCUCGCCACGCUCAAACUCUACCGGACGUCCCUGCGUUCCCGCCACUCGCUUCUCUCCGAACUCGAAGCUGCGCUGACCUCGUUCUUCACCAAAACACCGACGCCCCUCUCGACCCUGAACAUCGACGCCGACAACCUCAACCGAACGCCAACCUCAACCUGCGCGACCGAAUCGAUCCGACCUCCCAACGUUGAAGAACUACAAGAGAUCCUCCGCAUCGGCUUUGAAGGCGUGUUGGAAGCCAAGCAGGAGCAUCGGCUCAUCGCGGACAGUCUCGAGCAUCGAUUCCAACGAGCCGAUUUGAAGAAUGUGGUCGAGAGGAUCGAAACGAUGGAAGAGGAGAGGUUCAAGCUGGUCCGUUUCGUUUUCACUGGAACGGAGAGCGGAGAGCGGAGCUGGACAGAGCUGAUCCCGAUCGACUGGCUGUUGACAGAUGAUUGAGAGGGAUCAACUGAGGAGACUGGAUAUGAUCACACAAGUAGGAGAGGGAGAGUUCCAGUCCUCUCUGGACGGGUUUGAGAAACGGUACGUCCACCUGAGCAAAAGUCACUUAGUCACUUCGGCCGCUGACCCCACCUCGAACUGGCCCCACGACGACUAGCCGGCGAGAACUGACCCAAAAGAUCCACGACGAAGAGCGCGAGAUCGACGCCGAGAUUGUCGAUCUCGGUGCGGCAGAGACAAUAGACACGACAGAACAAGUUUGA